ACCCAUUGUUUGGGAUUGGUGUGUCCAAAUACGAACAUGACCUCCUCCAUCAGUGCACCCCCCUGGAUUGUUCUGGAAUCGGGUACACCCGGUUUCUACCCGACCCACCCGUUUGUUCGAAUCCACCGGAACAGCCAUAAUAAUAUUGCCGCUAUCCGGUCAAAAUCCAGUCGGAAAAGCAGCGUGUGCGUAUCAACAACAAGCAUAAAUGAAACGGAGGGUAAAGAUAUAAAUGAGACGGUGAAAAUAGUGGGUAUUGUUGGACAAGGCAGCUUGAGCCCUCUUAACUCUGCUUCUUGGCACGAAGUCAUGCUUCACACUGCCAAGAGACUAAAAUGGGUUGAUGAUGGAUUUGAAAUGGUGGUAUUUACUGAUAACAUUCAGCAAUCUUCUGACGAGACAGUUAAGAAUCUUACCAAGGAUCUACAUUAUGCAAAUAUGUUGGUGCUUAUUUCUGUACAUAAUGAAGAAUCAGUAAAAUGGAUUCAACAGAACAGCCAAAACAUCCCAAACAUAGUAUGCUUUGAGUCCUCUCCAGGACUAAGUAACAAGCUAGGAGGGUCACUUGUCCAGAGAAAAACCAGGGUGGACAUUUUCAGCAAACUAUCAGAAAUUUCUCAGCCUAAGAAAGCAAAUGAAUCAGAAGAAGUUGUUAAAACAAUUUACGAUGCUUGGGACCGGCAUAACUCGGAUGAUAUAAGAUUCUCUUUGCUAGUAAUAAUUAAUGCUUAUAUACGACCAGUUUCAAUAUUGAAAAACCUCAGAGCACAAGGUUUCUCUACGCUUAGUUGCAUGGUAAAGAAUUGUGGGCCUCAGGUCUUUAACUGUCUCUUAGAUCCUAAUUGUAGGAAGGCUCUUCAAUGCCUGAAUCAAUGCAGUCCAGUAGAUCAGGUAUGUAACUAUCAAUGUAUUGCUUCAUAUGAGAGUCCAGCACUAGAAGAAUUUUCUCUUUGCGUAUUACAGAAGAACAAUUGCCUUGAGUUGGAGGCAAAGAUCCCUGAAAAACCUUAUGUCUCACCGAUGAAUAGCUUCCGAGGGAAAGACCUGAGUCAUGAAAUUGCUGAGGAUCUUUUUGUGGGUUGUUUAGGGAAUUUGGACUGGAGUUGGCGUGUUGUAGCAGGACAGAACCCUGCCUACGAUCAGUUUCCUUGUCAGUACCAGCUCUUCUACAGAGGCAAGGCAAGGGGGUCAUUCUGGUAUGAGCCAGUUUUUCAGGUGAAAACCUUGGAGGGGGGGUUAGUUUGGAGGCGGCGAAAAUAUCGAGUUAAAAGAAGCAAAGUUCCUGGGACAUUUAAUUUUACUGUAUUGGAUAAUGGGGUGGUUUCAAAUGAGUUCUGGACUAUUGUGGAUGUUGCUGCUGAUUUUAGCUGGGGUUUGUUUCACUAUAGUGGAGCUGCUCGAGUUGCUGGACAAUCUUACACCGGAGCAGUUCUUGUUAGUCCAAACGGUGAAUACCCAGAUGAGAGGGAGCGGGGAAGAUUAGUUUCUGCAUUGGACAGAUGCCACAUCAAAGAGUGGGAGUUGUUCAAUGUUGACAAUUGUUCGUGCAAAGAUCCACCACUGGGCCUUCCAGAAGGUUCGAGUUUGCACAAGAUCAUCAAAGUUGAGGAUCUAAAAGGCUCCUUCAUAUGAUCUUGGGGUGAAAUUCUAAACCUGAAGUCUUGUUGUUUGUUUCUUUUAAUAUUAUACUUGUUUGUAAUGCACAUGUGUUGUGGUUAAGUUAUAAAUAGGUGAGAUUAGGGGAGAAUUUUUUGUAAAAUUAUACAAGCAUGACGGAAAAAUGUUUCUUCUACCAUCAA